UUUAGAGCUCAAGGUCAGCAUGAUUCAAAUCUGUUAAACAAUUUCUCCUUGUUUAGUAAUGGAAAUUCGAGUCCUCAUUUUGACUGUACCUUUCACCUGAAGAAUUUACUACCAUGCAGAAAAGGUUUCUGGACAUGCACUCUCAUGGUGGAAUAACCAAGACCGUCCAAUCUUUGCUGCAAAUCUUCUUGUUCUUUGAUUUUCUAAAGACAGUUGCCACUCUGGAGUGUGAAGUAUGUUCUGACAUUGGCACCAACUGUACUGGCAAUAUGAAGACCUGUGAGCCUGAACAAGAAACAUGUGUCAUCGUUUUAAUUCAUAACACUCUAACAGGCAAAGUGUUGCAGACCGUGGCCCAGGGCUGUGAAUCCAGUGUAGUCUGUGAUGCUCCGAAAACCCACUUGAACAUGGGGAACGGGAAAAUCCUUCAAGGAAAUUUGGUUUGUUGCACUGGGGAUGCUUGUAAAACAACCGUCCCUUCAUUACCUUCAGUAGAGACUAACACCAAUGGAAAGCGUUGCCCUGCCUGCUUUUCUGAAACAGGUACAUGCAAGGAAGAAUUUACAAACUGUACCGGGGAUGAAAAUUACUGCUUCCAUCUCUUCAUGCGUUCCUAUGGAGAUGGGGUGCUCUGGGACACAAUCAUGAAAGGCUGCACCACUAAGUCAACAUGCCGUUACAUCAGCGACGGGGACUUGUUCAUCCUUCAACGUCGCAACACAGUGAUUAUAACAGCCUCGUGUUUGGUGGCUGCUUCGAAGAGGCUUUACUCUUGCCAAUUCCACCUGCUGUAUUUUGCUGGGUUCCUUUUCUUUCUCGGGACCUUUCUCUAAAAGUCAUUUGUUAUGGGGCUGCAUCAGCUCUGCAAUUGAAGCAGUUAUUAUCUAUUUAGGUUUCCUUUUCGCCUUUGUAAUGUCAUGAAUUUCCCUCUUGGCAUUGGCUCUCUGUUUUCUUCUGUAAAAAAAUAAAUGACAUAU